AUGAUUUUUAAUCGGCUGGAGGCGGAUGCGUUAAAAGAUCACCAGCUAAAUGAGCAGCUCACGAAGAAGCUUGCCCAAAUCGAUCCAAAGCUCCCCUACCCGGAUCCAAGAGCCAUUAAUGCGACCGCGCAUCGGUUAGCGCCCUGUUUUGCCCCGGAACGGGAUGAACGAUCCGAGUGGAGCUUCGUCACUGCCACGUUAUAUGGUUUCGGGAUCGUCACUACACUGGGCUACAAUCGGAUAGCGCCGAUCACGCAAGCCGGAAGAAUGUUUUGUGCCUUAUUGUUACCAGCAUUAAAUGGGCAGAUAGACUUUUUCAACGGUCUCUACUACAAUUUUCUAUGUUUAACGGCUAUUGAUUUUGGACAGUUGGUCCCGUCAAAAGUAAUUUUCCUGCCCAUCACUUUUCUAUAUGUUUGCCUUGGGUUGGCGAUUACGACAAUUGCCAUUGAUAUUGGUUCGGAGUAUAUGAAAAAGCUGCAUUACCUCGGGAAGAAGAUGAAAGACGCCGCGCAGACAAAGAUUUGGUUUGGCGGCAAGGCGCUAAAAGUCAAAGAUUUGCUACAUGCUGUCGGAAAGAAAUGCGGGGUUGACCCUUCGCAAAUCGAUGCUCUGGACUUGGAAAAUGUCGUGGAACGGACUAUUGCUAUCAAGGAAGGAAAACCUCCACCACCCGACAUCAACGACAACGAUGAGGAUGAGCCGCCAAUCGAGCCCGAGCCCAGAUCGGAGCCUCAGACUCCACAGGAAGAAGCUCCGUUGUUAACGGAGCCCUCGACUCCUAAGAAAACACCAAAGACCUCGAUUUCUAGCAAAGCUACUUCAAUCUACGAGCCAGAGUUGAUCAUACGAAACCCGGCCUUCCAAUCACUUUCGAAUGAUAUGCAAAUAUGUUCACCGGUGGAAGAGACAAAACUCCCUUCAUUCCCGCAAGAAAUUCAACUCGAAAUGCCCGAAGAUUUCGAAGACGAUUUCGACCUGGAGGAGGACAAUCAACAUAUAAUGAUACUGGAGCCGCCCGACGUCCUCGACGAGGUUGAGCUUCAACACGUGAGGAUCGAAAUCCCUGACGAAGCAGACGAGCCGCCGAAGCGACGGAAAAGCAGCGCCCGGCCAAGGUCAAGUAUGGACGAGGAUUCAGUCCCGAAGAAGUUCCGGGAGAAGAAGCAGGUGUACGCGACGGACCCGAAGAAGUUGUACGAAACUUAUCAAGAAGAAUGGGAUCGACUCCAGCGCCUCUCCGCCCGACUCGGUCCCCGCAGAAACGAAAAGCAAGAAGGACUGAUGGAAUCACCAACAAAUGCUCCAGGGACGGAGAAUCAGGGACUG